AUUGGCAUCCGAUCAGAAUCAAAACAAAACAAUAAUAAAAACAACACCUUCAUUCCCCUUUUCAAUUAUCUGUUAUACUAAUCCAAACCCAAAUUCACUUCUCAUUCUUAUCAAACCCCAUUUAAUAAAAAUCAAAACUUUCUUGAAUUAAUGGUUACUGAUAGCUCUCCUAAUUUUGAUGAUGGGACUGACAUUUUCUCACCAAUGAUGCCGAGUGAAAAUGAUUCCUUGAUGGGGAAGAGAAAAGAAAUGGAGGUUGUAGAACUUGAAGGAAGCAGGAGGAAGAAAAAGAAGAAGCAAAAUGGGACACCUCGUCCGGCUUGCUCUUGGGUACAUUUUAGCCGGGAAUUUAUUAAGGAAUAUAGCGCUUCCCAUCCCGAAUCAUCUGGUCUGAAAGUUGCGACAAAAGCAGCUUCAGAUGCUUGGAAAGUGAUGACUCUUGAAGAAAAAGCAAAAUACACAAAACGAGCCCGUGAAGUUUGGGAUGACUACUUGAGCUCUGCUCCUGCCCGUGAACCUAAACCUAGAAAGCAGGCCAACCUAGUCACCAGGUGUUCCCCUGGUCGUUUAGUCAACGUGUUAAAACAUUUCACACCUGAACAAAAAGAAGAUGUGAAAAGUAUGGGAUUUGGUAGUCUACUUGAUCUCAAGUGUAGAACUUUGAGGCGAAGUUUGUGCUUAUGGUUGCUAGAAAGAUUCAACACCAUUAGACGUAGCUUAGAGAUUUGUGGCGAACGGAUUCCUUUAUACCCUCAUGACGUGGAACUUGUAAUGGGAUUACCAGCUAAUGGUAAGGAUGUGGUCAACUCAGGUCCUGAUGACUUAGUUGCAGAGUUGCGCCAAAAAUACAAUGCCUCAAAUAGAGGAAUUUCAGUUCGUUUUCUUGAAGAAAGAUUGGCUCAACCAGAAGGAGGAGAUGAUUUUAAAAGAGCGUUUCUUUUGUAUGUUUUAGGGACACUUCUUUGUCCUACAGCAAGGCUAGAUGUUAGCCCUUCGUUUCUUCAUCUUUUGACUGAUAUGGAUUGUAUCCAUGAAUACAAUUGGGCAAAAUUCUUGCUUGACAGGCUCGUUAGGGAAGUGUCUCGUUAUCGUCAAGGGAAACAACGUGCCGUGGGUGGUUGUCUUCUGUUUCUUCAGAUAUUUUACUAUGAGAGUGUUGCCAUUGGAGGUGCUUGUGAACCGGGUCCUGUUGUGGUUCCAUGCUUAUCCUUGUGGACAGAGGAAGCUAUUUCCGAGAGAGAAAAACAGGAGAAAGAGCUUGGUGGUUACGGAUGUGGAGAGGUGAUUUGCAAGGAGAGAGGUCUUGGAUUAGGGUUGUUGCAUGACAGGUAUCAUACGGACGUGCUUCCAUUAAGAGAGGUGGCUACCAGAGUUAAUCGUGGUACUCUUGUUCGACAGGAAGAAAAUCUGGAAAAUGUACCAUUUGCUUACAAGAAUGAAAAUGCUCCGCCUAUACGGAUCGAUAACUAUGGCUACAAAGCCCCAUUAGAUUAUACAAACACAAAUCCUCAUGACAAUAGAAGUAUGUACACAGAUCAAUCCACAUGCCCGCUUUUGAACUGCAACUUCACUGGUUUAUUUCAAGAAUUAUCAGAUCAUUUCAGCACUAAACAUUGGGAUUCUGGAAGACGUUUCCAGUAUAACUCCCCGUUACCCGUAUCUUUAGGCAUGGAUGAAACCUUCCUUGUGCUUCAAGCUGAAGAUGAUGGUAUUCUUUUCCUACUGAAUAAAGGGACUGAAAAUAUUGGGCACACUGUAAUGGUAACCUGUAUUGGACCGAGUACCAGUAAUGAGCGCUUUCUUUAUUGUCUCGUGUCAGAAAGAGGUAAUAGCUCAUUAAGGUUGAAGUCAUUCACACAGACUCUUCCUGGUCGAGUUGAAGGUAUACCUCCAGCUGAUUUUCUGUUGGUCCCAUUUGGGUAUCUAAAUUCAUCCGGUGAGCUGAAUUUAGAGGUUUGUAUAUGGAACCCUUCAGAUUUAGGUGAAGUUUGAUACCAAAAGACCAUUGUUUUCAAGAGUUGACUUUUUAGACCAUUAUACUUGGUUCUCUUCGUUAAAAGCAAACCAUCGUUCUUGUAAAGAUGGCAAAAUAAAACACUAAAGAACGAUUCUUGAGAAAAAGUGGCAGUGUGUGCAUUUUGGAUUUUAACAUGAGUGUUUUCUUUCUUUCUUUUCUUUUAAAACGAACGAUGGCUAGUUUGUGACAGAGAAGAUGGGUAUCGCGGUUUAUGAAAGUCGUAGCUCUUUUUUUUAUUUUUUUUCCCUUUAUAGGAAUGUAUGUAGUAGGGGAAUGUUAAAAAGGACGUGCUUCUAUAAGUUUUAGUUUUUAUUUAUAUCAUCUUAUAGUAGAACAACAUGUAUAACUCCUGGAAGUAUCCAAGAGGUUUUCAGAAUAUAUAUAUAGAAUUUAAAGAUUGCAGUUUCUGAUCAUAUGGUUUGUGUAAAACCUUCUUAUUUGAUGUUUCUGUAUGUAAUGUAAUAUAGUGAAGUUCAGAAACUUGAUCUGAUA